AAUAUUUGAAACUUGAGAGGGUCGAGCUCAUUUUUCUCAAAGCAAAGCGACUGUGGCCAUCCUUGUAAUUUCCUGCUCAAGAGUUACCAGAAUACCAUUCGGCAGAGGUGGAGAUAUGGAAAUAGGGAAGGUGAUAGUGGAGAAAGUAAGAGGAAAAGCAACGGUUACUAAGUGCUUUUCAAAGUAUCCCCUCAAAUUCAUCAUCCCCAGAAAGGUGGGUUCUUCUAAAACUGAUGCUGUUUGGAUUUACACCAUCACUUAUGGUGGUGGAAUUGGGGAUUCUAUAACAUGUGAUAUUACAAUAGGAGAUGGUUGCACCGCUGUUUUGGCCACUCAAGCUUCUACUAAGGUGUACAAAGCUGUGGGAUCAAAAAAUUCCGAACAAGUGUUGGAGGCAAGAAUAGGGAGCAAUGCCUUUUUGGCUGUAAUUCCAGAUCCAGUGACCUGUUUCUCCACUGCAAAAUAUUCUCAGAAGCAAGUGUUCAAAGUUAUGUCCGACUCAAGUUUGCUUCUUGUUGAUUGGGUAACUAGUGGCCGUCAUGAAAGAGGAGAAAAAUGGGAUUUUGAUCUUUAUAGGAGCACGAAUCACAUCUUUCAUAAUGGUGAUGAGCCUUUAUUUCUUGAUACAGUAUUUUUAGAACAAGGAACAUGUGCAGGAAUUGCUGAGCAUAUGCAAGACUAUCAAGUGAUUGCAAUGGUGAUAUUAUUGGGGCCAAAGUUGAAGCAUGUUCAAAACCAAAUCCAGGAAGAUGUGAAGAAAAUAAUGUCUCAGAGUUUACACAUGCCUACAAUUGGUUCGAGACAAUACACUAUUAGACAUAAUGAUCAACGCUUGACCAAACCAAGUUUUCUUGCUUCCUGCAGCGUAUUUGGUCCAAAGGGAAUUGGUGUUGUUACUCGAAUAGCUGCCAUGACAACUGAAUCAAUGUACAAUUUCUUGCAACAUCAGUUGUCCAGUAUGGAGCCUCUACUUGGUGUCCAGCCAUAUUGUUAAGCAAGUCAAUCAACGUUUUCUAGGUGUGCCAUGGAUGGAUCACUAGCUUUUGACAUCGGACAACCAUUAAGGUGCUUACUGUUUAUCGAGAUGGAUAACAACCUUGCCAGAUCAAGAAUCUUAAAAUGGUGUCGUAUCCAACAGGCCAGAACAUUCAAGUUGAACUGAGAAGUCCCACUUGAGGCAGCAUGUGUCUUUCACCUGCACAAAAUGAAUCUUUGCCGGGAAUUAAGGGGGUGAGGUGCAGCUUGAGUUUAUAAAUCGAUCAUUUCUGUAUUUAGUUCUUUAGGAAUUUGAAUUCUUUUCUUUCCUGCUGCAAAAUGCUGCCUCUUGUAAUUCGUAUGUCCACUAAAUGUCUUUGAUUUGUUUCAUCUCUUUCCCAAUUUUUUGUAUGUUUACGAAAUAUUAAAGCAUGAUAUAUUAAUUUAGGGGUAAAAUAUAGGGC